UAAUUGGAAAGUGGGUGUCAGUUCUUAAGCGUGGUGCUAGUGCAGUGGUUGCAAUCGCCUUUCUUCAAUCAUGGCACAACUCGAUGUGGAUAGUUUGAUGUCCCGACUUCUGAACGUGGGCAUGGCCGGCGGAAGGCUGACGACUUCAGUUUCGGAGCAAGAGAUACAGCAAUGCGCCUUUGUCGCAAGACAAGUUUUUAUUUCUCAAUCGUCACUGAUCGAAGUUGAGCCACCUCUUGUGGUGUGCGGAGAUAUUCAUGGGCAAUACUCGGACCUACUACGCAUUUUCGACAAAAACGGCUUUCCACCUGAGACCAACUACUUAUUUCUUGGCGAUUAUGUUGAUAGAGGACGUCAGAACAUUGAAACCAUAUGCCUCGUGUUUUGCUACAGAAUUAAAUAUUCUGAAAGUUUCUUUAUGCUACGUGGAAAUCACGAAUGUCCAGCGAUUAACCGUGUCUAUGGUUUUUACGAAGAAUGCAAUCGGAGAUACAAGAGCUCGCGUCUGUGGAACUCAUUUCAAGACACUUUCAACUGGAUGCCAUUGUGCGGAUACAUCGCUGGGAGAAUUCUUUGCAUGCAUGGCGGACUGUCACCCCAGCUAGCCAACAUCGACCAGCUACGAAACCUUCCUCGUCCACAGGACCCACCAAAUCCUUCAAUGGGUAUAGAUUUGCUCUGGGCCGACCCUGAUCAAUGGGUGAAGGGAUGGCAAGCAAACACGCGUGGAGUGUCGUACGUUUUUGGCCAAGAUGUGGUUUUCGAAGUGUGUCAAAAGCUAAACAUCGAUUUAAUUGCGAGAGCCCAUCAGGUGGUACAAGACGGAUACGAAUUCUUCGCCUCGAAGAAGCUUGUCACCAUUUUUUCCGCGCCUCACUACUGCGGCCAAUUUGACAACUUUGCAGCAACAAUGAAGGUGGGCGAGGAUUUGGUAUGCAACUUUGCCAUGUACAAACCCACCGCCAAGGCAGCUAGAAUGGCCGCUGGAAUUACAAACUAAGCUUAUGUGAUAAAAGACAUUCCACAGUGCGACAUUUUGUAUCAAUGAAUGUUGUGAACUAGUCUUUGUCGAGCGUCCUGUGAUUGUCUGGCUAAAAGCUGAAUGUCAUUCAAAAUAAAGUAAAAUUGAGAAG